AUGCCUUGUAGAUUUUUAUGUUUUAAAACACCCGAAACAAAAUCUAAUUUUGUUUUGAUAAGGAAGGGUGUGAAAAGACUUAAGAGAGAAACUGGGUUCACCAGCCAGGGUUGUGCGAAAGCCGACCGACUGACAGACAGGCCCAGUGAAAACAGGCCCUUGGUCGUGCGAAAGCCGAUCAGACUUGACGGCCCAGUGAAAACAGGCCAGGGUUGUGCGAAAGCCGACCGACUGACAGACAGGCCCAGUGAAAACAGGCCCUUGAUCGUGCGAAAGCCGAUCAGACUUGACGGCCCAGUGAAAACAGGCCAGGGUUGUGCGAAAGCCGACCGACUGACAGACAGGCCCAGUGAAAACAGGCCCUUGGUCGUGCGAAAGCCGAUCAGACUUGACGGCCCAGUGAAAACAGGCCAGGGUUGUGCGAAAGCCGACCGACUGACAGACAGGCCCAGUGAAAACAGGCCUUGGCUUGGAAUUUCCAUAGGCUCCGAUUUUUGUGAUUCAUUUUCUUUUAUUGGAGUUGUAUCGACAUCAACAUCGGAUACACACGUCGAAGUUGUACGAUUAAAACGCCAAGAAACAUAUUCCAAGUUGAAGACCCAACAAGAAGAGUUCUAA